AUGGCUGAUGAAAGUCCAAUCCAGAAUCUCUGUGAUGAAGCUACUUGUCCCGUUUGCCUGGAGUAUUUCAAAGAUCCAGUGAUCAUAGACUGUGGGCACAAUUUCUGCCAAGCCUGUAUCACUCAGUGCUGGGGGGAGUCUGACACAGACGCUUCCUGCCCUCAGUGCAGAGAAACAUUCCAGACAAAGAACUUAAAGCCAAACCGACCACUUGUAAGUAUUGUAGAAAUAGCCAAGAAACUCAGUCUUCAGGUGGCAAAAGGGAGAGAAGUAACAGGAAGAGUUUGUGAGAGACAUCAAGAGCCCCGAAAACUCUUCUGCAAGGAUGACCAAGCCCCCAUCUGUGUGGUGUGUGACAGAUCGGUGGAGCAUCGAAAACACAAUGUGAUUCCUGUGGAUGAGGCUGCCCAAGAGUAUAAGGGUAACAUCCAAAGCCACUUGGAAUUUCUGAAGAAAGAGAGAGAAGCAAUUCUGUCUUUUAAACAGCAAGGGGAGACUGAAGGCCAGGAUCUUCUGAAGCAGACAGAAACAGAGAGGCAGAAAAUUGUGGCUGCGUUUAAGCAACUGCACCAGUUUCUGGAAGAACAAGAGUGCCUCCUGCUGGCUAAGCUGAAAGAUCUGGAUGACAAGGUUAAAGGCAAUGGGAAUAAGCAUAUUGCCAAACUCUCUGAGGAAAUUGCCUCUGUGGACAACCUCAUCAAGGAAAUGGAGGAGAAACAGCAACAGCCAACAGAUGAAUUCUUGCAGGAUAUUGGGAGUACCUUGCAAAGAUGUAACCAAAAGAAAUUUGUGAAUCCAACAGCAUUUCCUAAUGAAUUAAAGCAACAAAUUAAGACAUUCUCUGAAAUGCAUCCCUUUCUGGACACUGCUAUGAAGAAUUUUAAAGACAUUGUGCUUGCCGGACCACCAAAAAAGAAAGACAUUGUGCUUCCUGUACUACCAAAAAUGACAGCAAAUCGUUCCAACACUGAAGAUGUGACAGCUCCCACACUACUCCUAUCAAAUUAUAACAAAUUCAACCAACAGAGUCACCAAGUACAACAGAGUUAUUAUGAUAUAGACUCCUACGAAUUUGACCAAGUACAAUAUUAUUUUCCUAAGAAGACACAACUUCACCAAGCACAAAAGAGUUAUUCUAAUGGAGAACGCAUCCAAUUAUGUUGCUCAUCUUGCAUCUUGGGAGUAGAGAGAAUAACCUCAGGGUGCCAUUCCUGGAUGGUGGAGGUGGGGGGUGAAAAAUUCUGGGCUGUGGGGGUGGCCACAGAACAUUUAAGGGGAAAGGCCAACAUACAUUUGAGCCCUCAGAAUGGGAUCUGGGCUGUGGGGAAAAUACAGGAAACAGAUUGGAAUACCCUAACCAUUACUGAGACAUACUAUGCAUUCACUUCUCAUGGAACAUAUCUAGGCGAAAACCCUGAUCUCAGCAAGUGCAAGAAGCUCACAGGGAGGUAUGGUAGAGAUGAUGAGAGUAUGAAGCCAAGAAAGAUCCGUGUGUCCCUGAACUAUGAGGAGGGAUCUGUGACCUUUUUUGAUGCUGCCAACAAGGUCACCAUAUUUACUUUCAGCGAUGUCUCAUUCUCUGGGCAGAAAAUCUGCUUCUGGCUCAGUGUGGGAAAGUGAGAUAAAGAUGCCAUUCCCAGCACAACUACAGGUGAUAGCAGUGAAGCCUCAUUUUGUUCAUGUCAAACCCUUACAUGGGGUGGGCGGUGGGGAAAUUAAAAGCACAGCAGGAGUGCAUAGCAGGAGCAGCAAGCACCCCAUCCAUAUUUUCUUCCUAAAACUGCUUCUUCCCAGCCAUUUUUCCAUGAUUGGCUAUUUCAAGUUGCGAGCCCAAGCAGGAAAACAAUAACUGUGAAGAAGCAAAUUCAUAAGUGUAUGUUUGGGAAGAAGGCCUUUCUUAGCCAUGCUACUCUUUAUGGACCACCCACACUCUUUAUAGGGAAUUGGAAGAUUCUGAUAUACAGUACAAGUCUGCUGCCAUCACAUCUGGUUUGACUGUCAGUGUCAAGACAACCCACCGCACUAAAUGAUCUUGGUAUCCUGCAUGGGGGAAAGCAGAAGAAAAUCACCAGGAGUUUUUACACACAGGGUUUCUACCCCAAAUGUCCUUCAGAAGAGUGUGUGUGUGUUCAAACACCAGCCAAACCUACCUCGAAGUCCCUUCGAGAUUCUUGGACCCACGCCGCACACAAACUGGGCUUUGUGAUAUGAAUUUUAGCUUAUCUCGACAUAUUUCCCGGUUUUUAAAAUGCUGGUUUUAAGCUACUUUUUCUGAAAAUGCUGGAGCAAAUGGGAGAGGCACUGACAUAGAAUCAUUAGGAUGAUAAGAAGCAUGCUCUCUUCAGAAAUGCAGAUCUAGCUCUGUAGGGAGCUCUUCCUCUCCCCACUCCCAUUGGCUAGAAGGAAAACACGGACCCAUGCCAUGUGACCUUGCUUCAAAAGAAAACCGAGAGCAGAGGUGAGGGACUGCUUCCCUCAAUGCCACAAGUGUAGUUUGAAGUGGCUUUGAUCAACAUUUACCCUGAAGCCUGAGGCCAAGUGCAAAUAACUCCCAGCAGCAACCCCCCUCCCCUGAUAUGCAUUGUCCUGAUUAAGCAGCUUUUAAUAGUUUUUAACAUUGUGUCAAAUUUUUAAUUAUUGUUAUGUUUACACAUUUUUAUUUUGUUUCAGUUUGUAUUGUUUUAUUGUAAACCACCUAGAGACAUAGGUUUUGGGUGGUAUACAAAUGUGUUAAAUAAACAAACAAGCAAGCAAGCAAGAAUAGCUGUGAACAUAUGACUCUUGUUAUGGAUAAAUGGCAAUCUUGGCAAUGUU